AUGGCGGCGGCAGCAGGCGGAGGCGCAGUGCGUGCGCUGUCCCAGAAGGAGCAGGACAUACAGAUGAUGCUCGCCGCCGACGUCCACCUCGGCACCAAGAACUGCGAUUUCCAGAUGGAGCGCUAUGUCUUUAAGCGCCGCACCGACGGCAUCUACAUCAUCAACCUUGGCAAGACAUGGGAGAAACUCCAGCUUGCAGCGAGGGUUAUCGUUGCCAUCGAGAACCCUCAGGACAUAAUUGUCCAGUCCGCCCGCCCCUAUGGCCAGCGUGCUGUCCUCAAGUUCGCUCAGUACACUGGCGCUCAUGCCAUCGCUGGGAGGCACACCCCUGGUACCUUCACUAAUCAGCUCCAGACCUCCUUCAGCGAGCCUCGCCUGCUUAUCCUUACUGACCCAAGGACUGACCAUCAGCCAAUCAAGGAGUCUGCUCUGGGGAACAUCCGACCAUUGCCUUCUGUGACACUGACUCUCCCAUGCGUUAUGUCGAUAUCGGCAUCCCAGCGAACAACAAGGGAGGAACAGCAUUGGAUGUCUGUUCUGGCUUUUGGCCAGGAUGGUUCUGCAGAUGAGGGGCACUAUCCUCCCUGGGCACAAGUGGGAAGUCAUGGUAUGCUAGCUUAUGAUGCUGUUCAAAAUGACAUUGGAGAUGUAAUGGGUCCACAUUUUUUGGUUGAUCUGUUCUUCUACAGAGACCCAGAGGAAGCAAAGGAACAGGAGGGGGAAGCUGCCGUGGCCCCUGAGUUUGCCGCAAUCACUGAUUACCAAGGAGCUGAUCAGUGGGGUGGUGACCAGUGGACCUCUGAUGUGCCUGUGCCGCCUGUUGCUCCUAUUGGUGCUGAUUGGGGUGCUGCUCCAGCUCCGGUUCCAACAGGUGAUGGCUGGGAUCAAGCUGGGGCCCCUGUACCUGUGGACGGUACUGUACCUCCAGUGAUUGCUCCUACUGGUUGGGAUCAAGCACCUCAGCCGACUGCCCAAGGCUGGGAGUAG